CCUUGUCUUGAGCAUCGCCGUCCGCCGUCCGCUCUCUCCGUCCUCUUCGUUCCCCGACGACGAUGGCCCACCCCUCCUCAUCAAAAGAUCGCAUAGACUCAGCUCAUCACCAAAUUCAUCACGCUCUAGCCCCACGCAUUGCUGUGCUUCAAACGGGCGAUGUCGCCGAGACGCUGAGCCCUAAUGGCUUUGAGGAGCUGGCUACUUGCUUGAGGCCCUUUGAGGAGAGCGUCAGAGGGGUCACCGUACGCACGUCACAGCUGGAGAGCAAGCAAUGUCCCACCUUUCCCGUACAGUUUGAGCCACUCUCGACCUUCGCAGCGCAAGAUCGCAGAAGUCAGUCAGGCGCAAAUGGCAACGAGGACGAGGACGAAGGCACCUGUGAUCGCAGCAUCAGACCCGGGGAGAUUCUAGACCGCAUCUCAGCGCACACACUGGCUUCAUCAAGAGCAAAGUCAUGGCAGAACCUCGCUCCGCAGCUCGACCCUCUCGAUCCGUCCCAACUGGCUCAGCUACAGCAUUCGCCAAUCGAGGACGUUGCCCCCUGGUUCACGGAUGCACGAGAUCUCGUCCUCUCCACCCGAUCUAUCACCCGCCACGAGACGUUUGGCCAUCCUGCAGCCGUGAUAUUGGCCGUGUCCAAUCGCUCGCCCGACCCGAUGAACGCUUUUGCCAGCCUGUAUGCAGCUACGCAGCCUGAGGCGUGCGAGGCUUUCACAUCGAGGCCGUAUGUGGAUCCCAACGUGCUGCGCUACUAUGUGCUUGUGCAUGAUAGCUCGCAGGGAACAGAUAUCGAGGAAUCCAAAAUCCUCCUCGACUCGAUCAAAAAGCUCUACGGGCUCAAUUGCUGCAUACUCAUCCUCAACUCGGGUUCCUCGCCGUCGCCCGAAAUCUCAGACCUCUGGUCUACCUCGCUCUCCUCGGGGCGCAGCCGAGCCGCUUCGUCGCCGUAUGCGUCCCUCUUCGAUGGGGAAGACGUCAAACGCCUCCGCGCCUUCGUUCGGGAACUGGUAGCCCAAAGCCUCAUACCCUGGAUGGAGCGCUCCGUCGGCCUCUGGAACGAGUCGGUCAUAGCAUCGCGCAAGGGUGUAGCUGGCCGCCUGUUCGGUGCAGGCAGAAAAUUCUUUGCUUCGGGCACGGGCUCAUCAGCCGGCAAAGGAGAAAGGGAAGGCUGGAACCCCCAAGGUGGCUACUAUCUCCCUACCUCACUCGAAUCUCAAACUCGCAGGCUUGCGGACUUCGCCUUUCUGAUCCGGGAUUACAAGCUCGCAGCGUCCCACUACGAUGUGAUCCGCAAGGACUUCGUAGGGGAUAAGGCGUACAGACAUGCGGCGGCGGCGACAGAGAUGUUCGGAUUGGCACAUCUGAUGAUGAUGUUGGCGAGUAGGGCAAGUCCGAUUGAUGUGGAUAGUUACCUGGCAGGGGCGGCACAGCUGCACCGCUCGGCUGCGAUAGAUCCUGCUGGGGACAGUGGUUUACUGGAGCCAUUGAGGGCCGUCUUGCUCUACUACGAGGCGUACCGGGCGCUUGAAUUUUACCGUCCAGCGCCUGCUGCGCUACUUCGUGUAGCAGGGGCGAACGGAGAGGCGAGCGCAGGUGCCGACCUAGAAGUAAUGAGCGCCAUGCUUAUCGAGCAGGCUGCGCUUGCCAGCCUGCGAUUAGAUGCACAGCGACCCGCGCUGAGGAAGUGGGCAUUUUAUCUCAUCAUGGCUGGUCAUAGAUACGGACAGUCUGGAGCGAAGAUGCUUUGUCAACGGGCUUUUGGGCAGGCUAGAGGCGUCUGCCUGAAUUUGAGGAGGCCAAAAAGGAAGGAGUUUGCUGAGGAAGACGGAGACGGCGGCGAUGAGGAUAAGGGGACUGCGGCAGCGGAACAAGAUGAUCAAGAUCAGCAGAGCAACAACGGCUUCGAGUGGGCGCUGAUCCGCUCACACGUCGAGCACGAGCUGGGCAAGCAGGCGCUCAAUGAUGGUCGAGCGGAAGAUGCUGUGGAGCAUCUCCUCGAGACGCUGCGCCCUCUCCCUGGCAUCUCGACUACCUCGUCAGAAGAGAUGCCGGACGCAUUUGCCUCAACACAUUCCAGCUACUUUAGGGACUUCCUCGCAGCUUACGGAUCAGCAACAGCCGCCAGCCAAGCAGCAGACCAAGCAGAGCUGGAGCUCCCCCACCCACUCGUAGACCUUUCACACACGUGUAUACAAAGGACACAGAGCAGUGCGUCGAGUAUGAGCGAAGGGCCGGAGUGGCUGGCAUUGGAGACUGCUUUUACGGCCAGUCAGCAAAGUAACAGCAGAGCGGCCUCAUCACUCGCCUCAAUGGACAAUCUGGCUAUAUCGCAGGACAAAGCCUUCGCUCUCGAGGUGUGUAUCGAAAACCCCCUCUGCAUUCCUCUCUCCAUUUCGGACCUCUGUACCUCCUUUACGAGCCCUGACUCGACAGCCUCAGGCAGCGGCGUCGUAGCAGACGCUGAGAUCGCAACCCGUCAGAUCGAGCUGCAGCCCAGAGAAAGGAAAAUUCUCCACCUCGUACAUCACUGCCCAACCGUAGGACGCUAUCGCGCCGCCUCCAUCUCUUACCGCCUAGCCGGACAAGUACCCAUUGUCCAGCCGCUGAACAAACGCGGGCCCCGGCUGAACGCCACGGUCCAGCAGCGCAGGAAUAAAAUUGCUCAGUACGGGGAGGAUCAGAGCCUGGUCAUCGAAGUGCGGCCGCCACACCCAGAGCUGGAGGUCGAACUCGUGGAUUGUGCCGAGAAGGUGGAAAUGGGAUUGGGUGAGGAAAGAGAGGUGACAAUGCGGUUGAAAAACACAGGGAAGGCUGGAUUGAGGGGGUUGGUCAUUUUGAGCGACCGUGCGGAGGCUGUGCAGAUUGCUGAUGCUGCGUCUGCUUCACCGCCGUCGUCGGAGGGAAGCAGUCAAGAAGAGGAGAUGACCAUCAGCAACGCUCUCACCCCUUCAUCACCCGCCUCGCUCCUAGCAGCGGACGCCACUCUCAUUCCUGGCGAAUGCACAGAGCGUCGUCUCCUGCUUCGUGGCGCCUCACUAGGCACCAUCCAUCUUCACCUCCUCUUCGUCUUCCAGCUUGCCUCUGACACUGUGGCGACAUCAUCAACACUUUUCGGGAAAGCCCGGUACGAACUCACGUUGCACGUUCAGCCAGUUCUGGAUAUCGGCGUCGAGAUCAGCCCUUCACGCGAAGGGUUUGCCUACUCGCUAGCCAUCUCCGCCUUGAACUUGACACCGCAGCGCGAGCCUAUAGAAGUCACAAACGUCGCCUUCCUCAGCCCAAGAUGGAGAUGCGACUACAAGGCCUCCUCGUUGCCCGCACACGAGACCCUCGCCAACCUUCCACCAGGCCAGGUUGUCACCGCCUACGUAAAUAUCGCCGAAUCCUCCGACGAGGGCGUCAGGAAGAGUUGCGGUGGAGUCGCCAUGGACCAUACAAUCAGGCAGCUGCGCGCCCAGAUCGUGGCGAGAGACAUCGAUCGCAACGCCCGACCGGGGGAGGUGAAGCUGCAGCUCUCUUCUAGCUCGAUGAUCUCGGACUCAAACAAACAACAAGAGGCCAGAACAGCCCUCCUCCACGCAGCGCGCACCGCUUGGCGCGAGACCUCCCUAGCACGCGAGUUCCCCACUAUACCCUCUCUCGAGGAUAGGCGGCGGAUCUUUCCACUCUACCAGCCUGAAGACCUAGAUGUGGUUGUCGAGUGGCAACUUCCCUCACUGUCCGAAGGCGCACCUGCAAGAACAGGGCGAGUUUUCAUCUUCGGGCUCAGCCUGGGUCCCGGCAUCGAUACGGUUCGACAGCUGUUCACCGACUCAUCACAGUCCAACGCCACCGCAUCAGCCAGUAGCGAAGCCUCGGCAGCGAUUACAGAAGCCAACUCGGCGCGCAAGAAGAUCACAGGCCAAGAGUCGCAGGGACAAGGUCACGGCAGAAGUAUGUACGAGGAGACGGACAAGCAACGUGCUGCUCUCGUGCGGAACUUGAGGGAGAGUGCAUUGGCGAACGAGGAGGAUCCUUUGGUUGUCGACAUAGAUGUGACUUCCACGCAUAGUCCUGCCCCCUCGUCGUCUCGAUUCGUUCCCGUAAUCUUUCGCGUCCGCAACAUGUCGACCACACGAUCGGCCCGCUGUACAAUUGACCUGGACGCCGCAGUCGAGUCGGAUGUGGAUAUCGCUGGGGCUGUUGCUGCUGCUGCGCCAUCGCAACAGCAAGGAGAUGCAGGCCACCCGAAUAUUACGCCUCUAAGAAAGGCGGCGUGGGUGGGCAGGUUGACUCUAAGGAGCAGCGAUGCCACCGGGGAUCGAGGAGCAAGCGGUCUCGUCAAGCCACGCGAAACGAUCCUGCUCCGAGCACUAGCCGCACGCGGCACCACGACGGGUGGCGGAGAAGGCUUCGAUUGGGAACUUGGCGAUUGGUCGAUCAAGGUUGACGUCUACGCCGACGAAGGGCAGGACGAGGCGAUUGCGCAUUUUAAUAGCGGGAGAUUGAGGAGUGGUCGACUGCUUCCAAGGGCUGGUGCGAGUACGGUAGAUCGAAAGGUAGAGAAGCCUGCGGCUUAAUUUCUAGGACUAAUACCAUGCUGUGAUCAAUGUGAAGCAGAG